AUGGGUGACGCAGUCAACAGCACCUCCGCUGAGACGGAGCGCUACGCUAUCGGUAUCUCCUUUGGCAAUUCGUGCAGUUCAAUUGCCCGCAUCUCACCUGAGGGCAAGGCCGAGGUCAUUGCUAACGAGGAGGGAGAUCGUCAAAUUCCCAGCAUCCUCUCUUACAUCGAUGGCGAGGAGUACCACGGUACUCAGGCCAAGGCUCAGCUUGUCCGUAACUCCAAGAACACCGUCGCAUACUUCCGCGAUUAUUUGGGCAAGGACUUCAAGUCAAUCGAUCCUACCCCAUGCCACCAAUCCGCCCACCCUCAGCAGCAGGACUCUACCGUUGCUUUCACAAUCCGUGACACCGCCAGCGAGGACCCAAACACAGUCACCGUCUCCGAGAUCACUACCCGUCACUUGCGUCGCUUGAAGCAGUCUGCCACCGACUUCCUCGGAAAGGAGGUCAACGCUGCUGUUAUCACCGUCCCCACCAACUUCAGCGAUGCUCAGCGUGAGGCUCUUACCGCUGCUGCUAAGGCUGCCGGUCUUGAGGUUCUCCAGCUCAUUGCCGAGCCCGUCGCUGCGGCUAUGGCUUACGACGCCCGCCCCGAGGCCACUGUCACCGACAAGCUUGUCGUUGUGGCUGACUUGGGUGGUACCCGCUCUGACGUUGCUGUGCUUGCCUGCCGCGGUGGCAUGUACACCAUCCUGGCCACCGCUCAUGACUACGAGCUUGGCGGUGCCUCCUUGGACCAGGUCGUCAUUGACCACUUUGCCAAGGAGUUCAUGAAGAAGCACAAGGCCGACCCCCGUGAGGAUGCUCGCGGUUUGGCCAAGCUGAAGCUUGAGGGUGAGGGUACCCGCAAGGCUUUGAGUCUCAGCGCCAAUGCUCAGUUGAGCAUUGAAUCCCUCGUGAACGGUAUCGACUACGGUUCCACCAUCAACCGCACUCGUUUCGAGCUGCUCUCUGGCAAGGUCUUUGCUCAGUUCACUGGUUUGAUUGAGCAGGUUGUCAAGAAGGCCGAGCUCGACGUCCUUGACAUUGAUGAGGUCAUCUUCUCUGGUGGUGCAUCCCACACCCCCAAGAUCGCCCAACUGGCCGCCAACAUCUUCCCCGAGAAGACUACCAUCUUGGCCCCCUCCACCUCCACCUCCGCCAUCAACCCCUCCGAGCUGGCCGCUCGUGGUGCUGCCUUCCAGGCUUCUCUUAUCCAGGAGUUUGACACUGAGGAUAUUGAGCAGUCCAUCCACCCCAUGGUCACCGUCACUCCUCACCUGAGCAAGGCCAUUGGUGUUGAGUUCACCUCCAACAACGAGACCAGCUUCCAGCCUCUCCUCAACGCGGAGACUGCUCUUCCCGCUCGUCGUAUUGCCCAGUACAGCGCCCCCACGGAGGGUGGUGAUGUUCUGGUCCGUGUCUGCGAGGGUAGCCGCGAGAUCAAGGUCACCAAGCCUGAGCCCAAGGCCAAGGAGGAGAAGGCCGCGGCUGAUGAGGAUGACUCUGACUUUGACUCUGACGAUGAUGAGGAGGAUGAGACACGCGAGAUUGUGUGGAAGACCGAGAAGCCCGUCGCCGAGCUUGCCGUCAAGGGUGUCAAGGCUGGCGCCAAGGUCGAGGUCAUGGUUCACGUCAACCCCGACCUGGGUCUCCAGAUCUCUGUGCGUGAGGUCGGUGGUUCUACCGCUGUGCGUGGUGCCAUCAACGGCUCCGCCUAG